AAACUAAUAUUUUUUCAGACUAAGAAAUGAGUGCUAAGGCGACCGAGGCUCAUAGUAGUGAAGAUGAGGCAACAUUUGAGGAUUGCGAGGAGGCUGUGGAUAUGGAUGAGGAUGUUGCAACUAUAACCAAGGCUGUUGAGGGAUUAGUAGUGUGUACUGACUUCUCUCUUAAAAUGAUGGGUGUAUAUUUUGCUGAGUGUCACAGCACUUCUGAAGAGUUGACCAUUCACCAGUAUCUCCUAGGCUUCAAGGAAGUUUACAAGUUUAUGACUCUACUAGGAACAGUUUGGGGGUUCGCUGCCUCAGAUAUAGGAGUUAAAAUUGAUUUACUCGAGAAAUAUCAUAAAGGAGAAAAUCAGGAGAAUUACAAGACGGUGAAACGAAUGCUGGAGUAUGAAUCAGAAAAACAGAUGGUUUUGAAGCAUAAGAAAGAUGAUCCUAGUGGAAGCCGAACGCUUCUCCGUCUUCACAGAGCGCUUGAAUUCGUUGUCUCAUUCCUUGGUCAUUUGGAUGAUCUGAAAGAUGAGGAUAGAAUAGGACCAGGAGCCAAGGCGGUGUAUGAGGCAACCCUGAUGAAGCAUCAUAUUUGGCCUAUUCAGAAAGCAGCAAAGUUUGCUAUCGGAUUCCUUCCUACUAAAGCAGGACUAGUAGAGAAAGUAUCUCCUGGAGCUGCAUUGGAUUCUAGUGCGCGGGAAAAGGUGGAACAGGACUUUGCGCGCGCAGUCGAGAGUAUGCGAAGAGUCUACACUGUUUCUCAGGAUUACUACACUGAGAAAGAGCUAGCCAACAUUCCAUAAACAAUCAAUCAAUCAAUUGAUCAUUCAAUUCAAACAAGUUUCUUGGCGAGAAAAGUUGUUUGUUUUGGUUUAGUUAAUUCAGGGUUAAACUAAAGACUAGUUUUAUUGUUUAUAAUUCAAAAGUUUUUCUACAGUAUAACUCAUUUCUUCCAAUUAUUUACUCAGUUAGAAGAUACCUUGAUAUACUUAACGUAACUGUAAGCGUAAUAUCAAGUGACCUACCCUGCAAAGGUGGAAAUGCCCGAUUUUCCAGAUAAAGUAUGAUUUAGAUAUCCUUGUUUUUGGUUCUCUUAACAGUUUGUUUUCAUAUGCAGUUUCUCUGAGAAAGUGACUUGCGCAUUUCUUUCUCAAAAGAAUAAAUGGAGAAAUCUCCAGGAAUGAACACUUUUUGAGUUAGGAAACCGACGGUAUUUUCCACAUUUUUUGUCAGAUAAACUUUUCUUAUCAGGCAUUUUCAUCUUUGCAUGGAGUAUCACUUUUAACUACGCUUCCAAUCUCUUUCAUAACUUGUAUUUUUGCACAAUUGUUUUUAGCACAGUGUCAAAAAUUGUCCACGCUUCUUGUGAAUACACAUUCCAUUAGGUUUAAGAUAACACAUAUAUAAGUAUUUCCCAACUUUUCCAAAAAAUUGAAUAAUGAAUUAUUGCCUUUAAGU